AUGCAGAAUAGCGCGAAAGAAAGAGCAAUAGAGCUUAAUGAAGAAGAUCAGACACAGGAAAGAACUGGAGUAGGGUCCAGGAUAAAAGGAUAUUUUGUCUCCUUCAAGAGAACAGCCGCAAAGAUAAACCACAAAAUAGCUAAUGCAGUGGAGAAUAAAAUUGUUCAAGCAGUAGAGGCGCUAAUUUCACUGGGUGCUGAUGAUCGUGAUGAGAGCGGAUCUAUUAGACAAUACAGAGAGGCAAGAGUCCAUGCAAUGGAAGAAGCUCAGUCAAAAGAGCAAAAAGCCGAGCAGAGUAAAAAUGCCUCAGCAGGUGAGACCAAAACAAAUGAUCAGUAUGAUCAAAAAAAUGAACAAAAUAAAGAAGUAUCUAAAGAAGACUCUGAAGACUGCUCUGAUAGCGAUGGAGUAAUGGAAGCAAUGCUGGCGGUAGAAGCAGAACUGCAGAAAAGAGCAGCUAGUCAAAAACCCGCUCCUAAAAAAUCAGACCUUGGUUUACCGCUCUUCAGUAUCGACUCAAGGGAUGCGAAAGAAGAAACUGAAGAAGCUCUGAAAGCCAGUAGAAUUCUCCAAGAAAGAGUGAUAAAUGACGCUCUAGCAUACAUCGCCAUAAUUUUCAACAUAGUCAAGCAGACCAUUGAUAUGAAAAGUGUGGUCUAUGCGCCCAUACUGAUUCUCUUCCACAUGAAGAGAAGUGCGUACAAAUAUCCUGAGGGGAUGGCAAGGGCUGAGCAUGACUUCCAUCUUGGAAAAAAAAAUGCAGAAAAUGAAAUUGAUGGAGCCAUGAGCGAUGAUGAGAUAAAAAGCAUAGCAGCCACAGGACUAGAGCCCACAUUCAACAUGGACUACUGGAUGGCUGCCGAUAGCAGGCUGAACAAAGCAUACAAGUCACUAUUUGCCACUGUAAUAGGAUCGAUCUUCGAAAAAAACAAAAAACACACAAAAACAAGAAAAAGCAUGUUGUUCUAUGGCGAAGUACUGAAGUAUGUGAGAAAUACAGUAUCGUGUAUCCUAUCAGAGCUGGAUGAGACCAUGGCUAGUAACCCACACGAGAACAGAAAAUACUUUGAAGGGUUCAUGCAGCGCAUGCUAAGCGAACAUAAGGCAGAAAAAGCAGCCAGAGAAAAAAAGAAUAACUCUAAAACUCGUUCUACUCAUUUGAUUAGCGGUGCUGUUGAUACUGCUGUUGAAUCUAAUGCAGAGAAUGCCUCUAGGGAAAUGGUCACUGACGAAUCUGCUGCUCCCAUUGAGUCUAUACCCGAAGAUAAAAAUGAGGUUGUAGUUGAACCUGAAGUGAUCAUUGCGCCUAAAGCUGACCGUAUUUCUUUUGAAGUUGAAGCCACACCUGUUGCGAUUACUCCCUCUAAAGAUGAGUCUGGAGUUAGUCCUAGGGAUGGAUAUAUUGUUUCAGCUGAUUCUGAGACUAUCACUAAACCUCAGCCCGCUGCCAGCAGACACAAUAAUGCUGAAACGUUCAUGGGUCCUUCGCCGAUGGUAUAUGUUGCUCUUGAAGAGGUUAUAGCUGAGCUGAGAGAAAGUCCUCUCUACCAGAAACAAAAAAUAGUGUACAAAAACCAGGGAGCAGAGCCAGUCAAAGGCCUGCCAGAAAACAGAACAAUAAACACGGCAUUAAUAGCCACUCUGCAGCACCAGCAAAAUCUUGUACUCAAAGUGAACUCGUAUACAUAUAGAAAGCCGGACCAGCACCAGCAGUAG